AUGACAUCUACUCCCCCUCUUCCCGUGCUCAUUGUAGGAGCAGGCACGUCGGGCCUCACGCUGGCCCUGACUCUCGCGCAGAAUGCAAUUAAAGUCCGGGUCAUCGAGAUGGACGAGAACCACCAUGUCGGCCAACGCGGGGCUGGGAUCCAGCCCAGGACACUCGAGGCGUACAACUUCCUGGGCAUUUUGCCCGAUAUCUAUGCGCGCGGAAUCCCGCUCAUGCCGAUGCGCGCGUACAGGCUCCCCGGGGGAGUCGAGCCCCUCGAGACAUUCGAUAUAGUGCCGAUAGAGGAGCCGACGCCGUCAGCCCCGUUUAUCAAUCCAUUCCUGCUCGGGCAGCCCGCGGCGGAGGAGAUCAUGCGCACUCAUCUGGAUAAGUAUGGUUGCCACGUGGAGCUCGGCACCGAAUUGCGCACCCUGGAGCAGCAUGAUGACCACGUAACCGCUCGUAUCGUGAAGAGAGCAGGGCAGAAGGAGGUCGAAGAGACGGUCGAAUGCCGCUGGCUCGUCGGAGCCGAUGGUGCAAAAAGUGGUAUAGUCCGGAAACAGAUGGGCGCAACGUUUCUGGGCGAAACAAUACCGCAGAAGACAUUGGUUGGCCUGAUCGAGGUGAAGAACCUCACCGCAGAGGCAAGCCAUUAUAUCGCGCAUGUUUACAUCCGCACGCUCAUUGUUGUGAUAGUAUUGGCAUUUUUGGCGAGAUGCCCCCUCCACGAUGUAAGCUACCUGAAUUGCUGCGAUGCUAGCAAAGCUUUACUGUGGCUAUACAGAAUGAUGCUUAGACCUACUGAACUGGAGGGCACAUUUGCUUUCUCACUGGGAGGAAGCCAUGAUCGCUCACAAAUCCUGUCUGACGAUGAUGCGUUGGCCAAAGCUCUACGUGAAGCAACACAACGAAGCGACAUAGAGUUUGGUAAGAUAACGUGGAAGUCUCACUACGUAGCCAAUGUUCGAAUGGUGAACAAAUUUGGAGAGGGACGUGUUUUCGUCGUAGGAGACGCUGCCCAUGUGCACAGUCCGGCUGGCGGGCAGGGAUUGAACUCUGGGGUGCAAGAUUCUUUUAAUCUAGGCUGGAAAAUCGCACUCGUCGAGAAGGGGCUUGCCGCUCCGUCACUCUUGGCCACCUAUUCUGAGGAACGUAUCCCCGUGAUCCGCCACAUGCUCGGGGAGACCACGAGGAUCUACAACAGAACUCUGAAUCCUGCUCGCGAGAACGACAGUCCGAACAUGGGCUGGAAAUCGCGCGUACACUUGAAGCAGCUCGGAAUAAACUGCCGCUGGAGCUCCAUCGUCGUGGAUGAGCGCCACUCAUCUACGUCUGAAGAGGAGCGUGAACCCCUGGACGCUUAUAGCGGGGAUGGGAUUCUCAGGGCGGGAGAUAGGGCCCCCGAUGCUCCCGGACUGGUGGGCGCGAGUGCGAGCACUAACGCGGAGACCACUUCCCUAUUUCGCGUGUUCAAGCCUUCUCAUCAUACCGUGCUCCUCUUCUCUGCGGAGCCUACAAAAGUCGCGCCGGCCCUCGAUGCGCUGAAGGGAUAUCCUGAGGAGGUGAUUUGUACAAUGGUCAUCUAUCCUAAGGACGCCACAGCGGUCGACGGUGCGGAGCAAAAUUUUAUGGAUCGAGACGGGCAUGCAUUUGCAGGAUACGGGGUCUCCGCGGAUGAAACGAUAAUCGUCGUCGUCAGGCCUGACGGGGUCGUUGGUUGCGUUGUGCGCGGGGUGGAGGGUUUGAAGACGUAUUUCCGAGGAGUCUUCUCAGCAAUAGCUUGA